AUGCCGCUGGACUGGGAGUGGGGCCUUCUUCCCCUCAGCUCCACUAAUCCUCCUACUGACGAAGCCCGCAAGCGCUUUCCUCGCAUCGCCGCUGAGGAACGAGGCCCUUGCCGCAAGCGCGCCUUGGACGAGGUUGACCCAGAUCCUUACGUGAUCGGGAACAAGCACCAGAUGGGCAAGACCCAUACCUCACGCCCCGAUCUCCCUUCAGCCAGUGCCAACCCACAGGUUGUGGAGCGCGCCACCCCACUGCAAGCCGAGGUCGGGGAUGAAUUCCUUGAGAAACUCGCCUCCCGGGGCCAAAAGAACAAGGCGCCCGCGCCCGAAGCCGGUUCAAGCGGUGCUCCCACUGCCAAACGCUCCCGGAUGGAAGUCGGCGGGAAAAAGGUCGUCGCGAAGCAUUAUCGUAAGCGGGAGAUGCCGAUUGCUUCCGGCAACACCGGCACCGGCACUGAAGAUGCCGGGAGGGUGGAAUCUCAGGUUUCUCCCGUCCCGAAGAAGAAGAAGAAAGCUCCUGCUUCCUCCCCCUCUAAGACCGUGCCGGAUUCUUCCGCGCCGGCAAGCUCUGCCCCGGCAAAGGAAGCACCUGAAGCUGCUGCGCCAGCCAAGACCACACCAGCAUCUCCUCCGGCAACCUCAGCUGGCAAGCUAGCUUCCGCCAAGCUAACCCCUCCGGAAGGCACCAAGCUCUCCGCGCAGGAACUUGCCGCGGCGGUCACCGCGGCGACCUCCACCUCUUCCGGCUCGCAGACACUAGUUCUGCAUGUCGGCCGCGCCGCUGUUGCGGUCGGUGAGACAGCCUCAGCUCAGGUGGGAUGGAUCACCGAGCUCACCCGCGGAGGAGCCGACCUGGGCCACCAGCUUGACUAUGCUGAAAAGUGGAAUCAAGCAGACCUGUCCCCAGCGACGCUCGGCCUUGGGAUGGACAAGCUACCGGUUGUUGAUCCUGCCGACCCUCGGAGCACUGGGCAUCACUUUGGCCGGCUCCGGCGCGCGGUCAGAGAGUUCGACACCGCGUGGCACGAUGCCAACAACAACGUGGUGGUAACUCUUCCGGAAGCCUCCUUCGAGGACCUCUCCGCCCAGCUCUCCGCGCUCAGAGCUGAAAAGGAGCAGCUUGCCAAGGAGCAUCACCAAGCUCUAGAUGCUCAGAGGACUCACUCCUCCGAGCUGAAGGAUCAGCUCAUGGAGGCUGAACUCUGGCACUCGCGGGAGCUCAAGGAGGCCCAGGCUGCAGCUGAGGCCAAAUUGGAUGAAUCUCUGAAGGAAUUCACCAAUUCCAGCGCGGUGCUGCGGGCGAAGCUGGAGGAGCAGAGCCGAGCGCGGAAGGAGGCAUAA